AUGGGGGCAGCGAGGGGAGCAGCAGGAGGAGCAGGGACUGCUGCUUCUGCAGCAGCAGCUGCUGCUGCUCCUGCUGCUCCUGCUGCUCCUGCUGCGUUUCCGCGGUUUUCUCCUUGGAAUCAGCAGCAAACCCCUUGGGCCUCUUGGAGGCAUUUUUUAGAUAUAUGUGAAUCUCUUCUCGCACACGAGACUGCUCGAUGCAGGUGUAUCUGCAACAGCAGCAGCAGCAGCAGCUGCAGCAGCAGGGGCAGCUGCACUAUCUCCAGCAGCAUUAUCUGUAGCAGGAGUGAAAGCAGCAAUAGCAGCAGCAAGCGAGCAUUAAUCUGUUGCUGCCCUUGCGGCUCCUGCAGUGCUGCUGCAGAGGCUCCUCAUUCCCCUCCCUCGAAGCGCAGCAAGAAAUGCAACAGCAACAGCAGCAGCAACAGCAAUAGGAACAGCAGCAGCGAAGGGCUGCGCCGCCGUCUGCUGUUUGCUUGGGCGUCACUCUCUGCAUGCCGCGCAGCAGACAGCCGCCUGCCAGCAGCAGCAGAGCUGUUGCUGCAGCUGCUGGAGGUGUUCUUAUCGGAUGGCUAUUUCUUCCCCAGCAGCAGCAGCAGCAGGAGCAGCGGCAGGAACUGCAGCAGCAGCAGCAGCAGCUUGCUGCGCCAUGCCUACGGGCUGGUGCUGGUGAGGCAUGUGAAUACAAUCGUAGACGCAGCACAGAAGGGGAAGUUUGCUGCUGCUGUUGCUGCUGUAGCAGCAAAAACAGGUAUCGAUGGUGAGUGGGUGCAGCUGCGGCAUGAAGCAACACACCACGAGCUGCCUGCUCUGCAGCAGUUGCGAGAAGCUGCUGCUGCUGCGCUGCAGCAGCUCCUCAGCAGCUACUGGCUUCCGCAGCAAAACAAACUCAAGACCAACCUCAUAUCCUGCUACAACACCAGCAGCAGCAGCAGCAGCACGCACGCAUGCAGCAGCACCGAAAUCAAAACGCAAGCCAGACAGCCGGAGCAGCAGCAGCAGCAGCAGCCCAAGAUGGUGCAGAACCUUGCUGCAGUUGCUGCUGCUGCAGCAACCUCGAUGGCGCUGCCGGCGUUGUUCCGCAUGCUGCAGCAAGCGCAUGCAGAGUUGCUACUGCGUUCUCUAGUCUUCUCCAGCAGCAGGAACAGCAGCAGUAGCAACAGCAGCAAACGCAGCAGCAGCAGCAUGCACCACCCAUUGCCUGUUGUGCUGGUGCUUCCAAAAAGGCUGCGCUUGCGUCCGCCGCAUUGUCCCUUUGCUGGGGCGCUGCAACAGCAGCAGCAGCAACAGCAACAGCAACAGCAACAAAAGCAGCAGCAGCAACAACAGCAGCAGCAACAGCAGCAAGAAAGGACCGAUGCUGCAAUCUGCGCAGCGCAGCGGCUCGUGACCGCUUGGCGACGCAGGUGGGGUGUAGCAGUUUCCUGCAGCAGCAGCAGCACUAGCAACAACAACAGCAACAGUAGCAGCAGCAGCAACCGGGAGAAGUUAUCAUCGUUUGCUGUGCAGCCGGAUCAGCAGCACAAGCAGCACCAACAAAAACAGCAACAGCAAAAGCAGCAGCAGCAAGAGCAGCAGCAGGAGCAGCAACAAGGAGAUGAAGACUUGGCUCGGCAAUUAGUGGAGUGGGGGGCAGCUGCUAUUGCUGCGGAUGCUGCAGUAGCAAGGACGCUGCAUGCGCUGCAGGAGCGAGACGACACCGAGUUGGUGCUGCUGUCAUUUGCUGCUGAGUGCUGCUGCUGCUGCUUCAACCCGCAGCAGCAUCCGGGGUUAGUGCUACUGCUGCUGCGCCUGCUUGUUUCUACCACUCCUUUAUUUUCUACUCAGCUGCUGUUGCUGCUGCUGGCCAUCGCCACUGCAGCACCGGACCCUCUCAGCAGCAACGGCCUCGAUGCUGCUGCUGCAGCAGCAGCAGCAGCAAAGGAUACGAAUUCGCCGUCGCCUGCAGCAGCGGCAGCAGCAGCAGCAGCAGCAGCAGGCUGGGGCCAGCAGAAAUACACAGAGAGAAUUCAGAGGUGGUUGCUGCUGCUGCAUAAAAAAGCAGCAGCAAAAGAGCUCCUGGCUUCCUUGAGGCGGCGAACCCGUGCGCACUGCAGCAGCAGCAGCAGCAGCAGUGGUUUGUGCUGCUGCAGCGCAUGCACAGAAGAGUUACUGCUUCUGGCUAGCAGCAAUGUGCGGCAGUGGCUCCUGCUGCUGUCAGGUGGCCUAUCACUUGCAGGUGCUGCCGCACUGCAGCAGCAGCAACAGCAGCCGCUGCAGGGCGACGCAGCAGAGGCAGUUGCGCUUCACUUCCACUGCAACGAUUUGCUGCUUCGGCGGUACGCGGCCCCCUGCAGCAGCAGCAGCAGCAACAGACCGGCACCCCCGAAGAAGGGCUGCUCCGAACAGCAUGCUGGGGCUCCAAGAGCAGCGAAAGCAGCAGCAACAACAGCUGCUGGUGCUGCUGCUGCUCCUGUAGUGUGCAACAGCGAGCUUCGAGAUGCGGUGUACGCGGACCUGUGCGUUUUGUCUCCCUGUGCUGCUGCUGCUGAUCCUGCUGCAGCUUUAGUGCUGCUGCAGCAGGCAGUACUGAAGCAGAAGCCGGCUCAAGCGCAGAGGCAGCAGGACGAACAGCAGCAGCAACAGCAGCAGCAGAGUUCCGCUGAUCUACCGUGUCUCCUGCUGCUGGCAGAGCGGCGCAUGGCGACUGCGUGGGCCGUUGCAGGACAGCGAUUUGCUGCUGCUGCUGCUGCUGCUGCUGCUGGCCACACCAUCGCCAUCCUAAGAACACUCUCGGCCCUUGUCUGUUCCGCUGCUGCUGCUGAGGAGCAGCAGGAUCAGCAGCAACAGCAGCAGCAACAGCAACAGCAGCAGCAGCAAGACAGCGGCCUUACAGGGGCAUGCGUAGCACAUGCAGUUCCAGCAGCAACAGCAGCAGCAGGUUCCGCAGCAGCUGGAGCAACAGCAACGGGGCCCGCAGCAGGAGUUGCAGCAGCAGCUGCUGCUGCUGAUGCAGCAACAGGUGGGGAUGACGAAUGGGUUCAGCAAACGGCGGCUGCUUCUGCUGCUUCUGCUGCUGUGUCUCUGCAUCGCAUGACGGAGGCGUUGUUGCAGCAACAGCAGCAGCAGCUUGCUGCUUCUGAGAUUGCUGAGAAUAUUUCAAAGCAGCUGCAGGAGCAGCAACGACGCCAACACCAGCAGCAGCAACAGCAACGGCAGCAGCAGCAACAGAAUCCAGCAACUCUGUUUUCUGUGUGCUCUGCAUCUGUGGAGUUUGCAACAGCAGCACCAGCUGCCGCUGCUGCACCAGGGGCUGCACCAGCUGCCCCUUCCGCAGCAGUGCUGCAGCAGCUGCGGAUACACUGCAGCUGUGCAUACAGCGCCUUCGCAGCAGCAAAUAAGGCAGCUGCGCGGCUGCAGCAUCUGCUGCCAGCUGCGGCUACAACAGCAGCUGCAGCAGGAGUAGCAGCAGCAACAGCGCGCCGCUUGCUGCUGCCUCAGAAGUGCAGUUCAGAGGAGAGCAACAGCAUAUCGGCAUGCGCAGCAGCAGGGCGGGAGGCUCUUCGGGUUGCUGCUGCUGCUGCUUCUGCUGCUGCUCCGCACACGGAGGAAUAUGAAGAUGACGGAGCAGCAGUGCAGCUGCUACAGCCGUCCCCUGCUGUGUUAGAAAAGUUGCUGCGCCAUUCGUUCGCCUAUGAAGGCCUCAGCCCUCCACAGGAUGAUGCAGAGACUCUUCAGUUGCUGCUGCGAGCGGCUGCACCUUUAAAGAGGAGCAGCAGCAAGGCCCCUCCUCAGGGCAAAGCACCUGCUGCUGCUGCCGCUGCUGCUUCGGGCACCCAAGAUCCCGCUCCAGUUAGGGAGGCUGGGGCAGCGGCAGCAGCAACACCAGUUGAAGCAACAACAGCAGGAGCAACAGCAGCGACAGAGUCAGCUGUAGGCAUCGAGAGAAUAGCAGCAGCAGGUACUGACCCCCGCUCAGUGGCACCUGGGGUUCUGGACAAGCAGCAGCAGCAGCGGCAGCAGCAGCAGGUCGGCGGCGACGAAGGGGAGCAGCAGCAGAUGAGGCAGCGGCAACAACAGCAAGACCAGCAGCUGCACACGGAUUUUCUAUCGUUGCUGCUGCAGUCCCCAGCGCCUUUGCGGCGUCGCAGCAGUGGAGCCCGCCAGCAGCAGCAGCAGCAGCAGGAGCUGCAAGAUCAGUGUGCAUGGUGGUUGAGUCCUUUUGAAUUGUGA